AUGAUCUCUUCACUCCUGAGACCAGCUCUCCUCGCAAGCACGGCAUAUGCUCUUGCUCUUCCGCAAUCAGCAAACUACGACACCUCCACCUCUCCCGGCGGAGGCAGCGCAGUAAACAGCGACGCAGGCGCCUCAGGCGGAACAGCAGGCUUCACUCUCUCCACGGGCGGCCUCGUAGCCAUCAUCAUAGUCGUAGUAGCAGGUGUAAUCUUUGGCGGUAGGCCACGCAAUGCCCGUCGCAUCAAUCGCUUCGCUUCGCUGACGCUCUCACGCAGUAACAACAACAGCCCUCUUCGUGAUCGCCAAACGCCGCCAAUGGACUAUGCGCCAGACCAUGCGUCGCGCUUCGCGGAAAGUCGCCGACGGACUCAAGACCCCCCUCACACCACGCUUCCCGCGUACGCCUGCGCCGGUGCAUAAUGACGACAAGAGGCGGACGAAGAGGUCUGGGGUGCAGAUGGAAAGCAUUCCUGCGAAACAAGGACGCGGUGUCGUUGUAGAGGUGAAGCAGACACAACAACCUGGUGCAAACAAGGGAGAGGGGUUCAUGGGGAAGUUGAGGGGGAAUGAUUGGAGAUGA